UUAAUGGUUAAAAUAUUGAAUCCAUAUAUUUUGUAUAUUGUUCUUGCUACAAAAUACAAAUAAUAUCUCAGGUUAAAUGAAAAUUAGUUUCAUUAAGCAUUAUUCAGUUUCAGUAUUCUGAUUUCUGUUAUAAUAGCACACUACCGUAUCUGAAAUCUGAGUUUUUAGCUGUAGUACCUAUUUAAAAAAUUACUUCUCAAUACUAGCGUGUUAGUUGUGAUCUUAGAAUAGUUUUUCUGAGCACCCGUUAUAAAUAUUUUAUAACUACACAUUUUGCAUAUUUUGCCAUUAUGGAGUCAUCGAUUUUGCCUACUCGAACUUAUGUAAAUGGAGGAUAUUUACAAAAAUCGAUAGGAAAACCGGUCACGUUGAUAGCAUCUGUAUUAAAAAUCAGUGGAGAUGGUAAAUCGUUAACGCUACAAACUACUGAUAAUCAAGUUGUGACUGCUAAUUUCCAUGAACCCGUGUAUAGCAAAGUAGAUGCUUUAGUUGAAAUUCAUGGAUACGUCAGUGACAAAACAACCAUAAAUGGAACAUACCACAUUAGUUUUCCAUCUAACAUAACCAAUGAUUUCGAUUUAAAUAAUUUUGAUGAAACCAUGAAGCUUAUUAACAAUUUAUCCAAUCCACUGAGAUAAAAAGUAAUACCAAAAUAUUUAUUGUAUAAAUUGAAUACAUUUUUUUAAUUAAACUGUUUUGACUUUUAUAUUUAAACAAAUAACAAAUGUAUUUUACUACUUUUACAUUAAAACAAUGAUAUUGUUAAAAA